AUAUAACAUAGAUUUAUUGCUCUGCUGUUUGUAUAGUUGUUGCCAGGUGAGCCGGGUGUCUUCAAGUAAACUGUACUCUUUAAAGGACAGAAGUAUUGUUUAAAAAUUAAAUUAUUCCUGUAGGUUUUGGUGUUGGUACCUUUUAAGAAGCCCAUUUUGCUUUCCCUUUUAUUUGGUAAUUGUUUAAGCACAUAAUUAGAUUAAACUGUUUUGCCAAAACCAUGCUGUAAAUAUUCACAUUUUGAGUUUUUAUUUUUCUCAUGCAAUAAAGUGGGCAGAUUGAUGUUUACAAGAUAUUUCCAAUAAAAGUAGUAAAUCUACACAAUAAACAUUAUCAUUUUUGUGAAUGUGGCUUGAUUUAUAUUUCAUAUUUUUAUGCAUUUUGAGGAUGUUUAUCUGGAAAAAUGUGUUUUUAUCCCACACUUUAAGACCCCUGGAUCCAAACAAAUUAUAUAAACUUUUUUUAGGUUGUCUAACAAAAAUAAAAAUAAAUUAUACAGAAUUUUAUACAGACAACUGGGUCAUUUAGUGUAAACCAAUUACUCAAGUAAAUAAACUUGUCUGAUUCACAUAUAGUCAGUUCACAAAAAUGUAAUCGUCACCAACAGUUAUGAUGACUACUCAAUUACAGUUAUCAGUCAUUUUGUAAACACAUGUAGGCACGCAUUGAUGAUAUUGCCAUAUAUAGUAUGAGUUCCGUCCUACUUUUGUUAUUGUGUCUUACAGUGUUUGUUUUGGGUACUUCAUAUUUGUAUAUCAUAUUUGUUACAUUUGCAUUAAGCAAAGCUGCUGAUGUCUGCAGCUGUGACCUCUUGUUGCAGUUUUGGUCUACAGAACCUUCUGAAAGAGGAAACAUCUUUUUUAUUUUAUUUUGUCAGAAUACCCGUGUUACUGUGCCUUGUAAAGAUUAUUUUCUAGAUAUAGAUCACUGGAUAGAAUCUAGAUAUAAAAUAAUAUAAAGUAUAUUGAAAAUGAAAUUGUCUUGUAUAUAAAAUUAUUCCUGCAUUUCCCACAAGCUGCAGGAUUAUUGGAUUUUUUAAUCUAUUUUUUUACAGAUUUUUAUCAAAUCUUUAUUUAGAGAACUUCCUUGUCAUUUCCUGUGGUUCCGCCUUAAAGGGGUUAGCGGGACACCCCUUGCCAGCAAGUAACGAGUGGCCAGUGAGGUUGAACAGCAUCAGCUCAACAGGAAAAUGAACCAGACACUUACAGACAACUUUUCUGAUCACUAUCAAAUGAACUAUACAAAUUAUUACGAGUUUCCGUUGAUUUUUAAUGAAAGUGAGCUAGACCUUGUAUCUUCAGAAGAGAGGAAUCCUAUGAGAGAGACUUCUCUGGUUUUCUUCUGCCUGACGUUUCUCCUCGGAGUUCCAGGAAAUGUCUUUGUUGUGUACAUCGCUGGAAUGAAGAUGAAGAGGACCGUUAAUACGAUAUGGUUCCUUAAUCUAGCAAUUGCAGACCUCCUGUGCUGCCUUUCCAUACCUUUCAAUGUGGCGGAGAUUCUUCUCGACCAUCACUGGCCAUAUGGAUCUGUCAUGUGCAAGAUUCUUCCCUCUUUUAUAGUUAUCAACAUGUUUGCCAGUGUCUUCACUUUGAAUGUGAUUAGUCUGGAUCGGUUUACCCAGGUGAUCACACCAGUUUGGGCUCAGAACCAUCGUAACUUGAUGCUUGCACGGUUAUCCUGUGUAGUGGCCUGGGUCCUGGCGUUACUCCUUAGCCUGCCCUUUAUGAUAUUAAGAGAAACUUAUGAUGAAUUAAAUAUAACAAUCUGCACAUUUUAUGGUGAUGAAGAAGAAGGUGACUCUAAUACAUCUGGAAUAUUGAGUGUCAUCAGGUUUGUGUUUGGUUUUUUGAUUCCUCUCAUAUGCAUCACAACAUGUUAUGGAUUCAUCGCACAGAAGUUAGGCAGGAGUCAUUUUCACUCUGGACGAGCAUUUCGCAUCAUGUUGGCUGUUAUUGUGGCCUUUUUUCUGUGCUGGCUGCCGUAUCACACUGUGGAUUUAAUCCGAAUAUAUGGUGGAAAAUCGAGUUCCUCAGUGGCAUUUACCAUGGACCAAUUGGCCGUCUCUUUGGCGUAUUUUAACAGCUGUCUGAACCCGGUUCUGUAUGUUUUCAUGGGGCAGGAUUUUAAGGAGAAGGUUAAGCUUUCUCUAAGACAUGUUUUUCAAAGAGCUUUCUCUGAGGAGGGGACACAAAUCUCACGAUCCACCCAGUCACAACAAAUGCACUCAGUGUAGUUUAAGAGUAACUCAUUGAUGCAUUGCAAUUUAAUCAUUUUUUACUAUUUCUUUUCAAAACUGAAACUUAAGGCAAAACAGCACAUGACAUAACACAAGUAGCUUAUUCUAGCACUUUUCAAUAGUAGGAAGUAGAACUCUGCUGUUCUGUUUCUGCAGGAAGUUAUGAAAUUCACAUUAAAUGUAUCUAAAAUACACAAUUUAAGACGUGCAAAAACAUGGAGAAAUAGUGAAAUAAUUGUUAAUAUGAUUUGUUUUAAAUAAUUGUAUUUGUAAAGCUUAAUAUUUCUUUUUGUAAUCUGUUUGCUCAAAAUAGCAGCUAUGUGAGUGUGCUUUCCUGUGAUGAGUGGUUUCACAGUUUUAAAGCUGUGAAAAAUGAAUAUGUCUUGUAUGAAAGUUUUUAGUGUCUUUAGAUUUGUAGGUUGUUAUACUUUUUAUAGAUUUUCAAUAUUGUUACACUAUUGUCACGUAACAGCAUAGAAGUAUGAGGUUUUAGUUCGAUUUACUAUAGUUGUUUUACUAUUGUUACCAUGAAACAUUCAAUUCAGUUUAGAAUAAAAGUUUCUUUUUUCUUGGAAAAUCAAUUGACUUGUCAGGAAAAACAACUUUGGCAUUUAAAGGAAAGAUUAUUCAGUGUUAUUACACGGUUCACUGAAACACUUUUUGGAUUGUUCAAUUGAUCAUUUUCUCAGGCAACCAAUUUCCGACAUUGCUGAUUCAUGUCUCACUCUGUGCUCUUAUCAUUAUCAUAUUACACAAUAAAAUGAUUUCAGUUUAACCUCCUGAGACCCAGGCAUGACUGCUGUGUGCUUUUUCCAUUUCCCUUUUUGAUUUGUAACUAGUAGCACCUAAUAGACAAGCAAAAAAUCUACAGCAAAUAGUUUUCCUAAAAAUUGAUGUCCACAUACACCGAUCAGCCACAACAUUAAAACCACCUGCCUAAUAUAGUGUAGGUCCACCUCCUGCCGCCAAAACAGCACCAACCCGCAUCUCAGAAUAGCAUUCAGACAUGCUAUUCUUCUCAGCACAAUUUUACAGAGUGGUUAUCUGAGUUACCGUAGACUUUGUCAGUUCAAACCAGUCUGGCCGCUCUCUGUUGAUCUCUCUCAUCAACAAGACGUUUCCUUCCACAGAACUGCCACUCACUGGAUGUUUUUUGUUUUUGGCACCAUUCGGAGUAAAUUCUAGAGACUGUUGUGUGUGAUAAUCCCAGAAAUACUCAAACCAGCCCAUCUGGCACCAACAAUCAUCCGUGUGAUUAUCUAAUCAGCCAACCGUGUGGCAGCAGCUGUUUUGGCAGCACGAGUGGGACCUGCACAAUAUUAGGCAGGUGGCUUUAAUAUUGUGGCUGAUCGGUGUAUGUGGACAGCGGGACUCGGUUGAGAAUUUUUAAAUAACACUAAGCUAUAGAAAGUCAGAUUUAUUUCAUCAAAUAGUUUAUGAUGUGUCCAGGAGUGUUGAUUAUUCAUGUUUUUAGACGUUACAGACAUUACAUCAGAAAUUAGCAUAAUUAAUUCUGAUUCAAAGUAAUGUCCAGCAUCAUCCAAUCACUGUCAACCAUGUUAAAAUAAAAUGAUACAUUAUAAAUUCUGAAUCUAUGUACUGAUUAUCAUUGUCACAUGUCUGUCAAACAUGUUGAGUGAUCCAAACAUCAUCUGCAGCCUGAAACUGAACUUUUGAUCAGAUUUUAGGAGUGAAUGCACUUAACUGCAUAGAGAGAUAUAGGAUGCUCCCUUGCUCCCUAUUUAGUGAAUGACUUAACCUCCAGUGUGCUGUCUGUCUGCACUGGUCUCAGAACAGUUUGAAAUGCACCUUACUUUCAUCCUAACUCCAUAUAAAGUCUCUGAAAGCAACAUUUUUCA